AUAAAAUUGGGAAUUUGGGGAUCUAGGGUUUUAUUUUUGCAGGUUUUAUUUUUUCCAGCUUCUAUCGUCUUCUGUAGUUUUCAACACUAUAGAGGACUACACGCCAUGACGAAUAACGCCCCGUCGUAGGCACAGCGAAACCAAGACGACAACCAUGUAUCCCUCACCAUCCCCUUGCUGUCCCGCCACCGAUCCACUUCCAACUCCUCUUCUCAGGUUGCCAUCGUUGGCGCCAACAUCUGUCCCAUCGAGAGCUUCGACUACGAGAUUGUGGAGAAUGAUUUCUUCAGGCAGGACUGGAGAGCCCGCGGAAGCAUCCAUAUUUUCUAGUACAUAUUUAUGAAGUAGCUGCUGUGUUUCUUGAUUGGCAUCAUUGUUAGUCUCAUCGGCUUCUUCAACAAUCUCGCUGUUGAGAAUAUUGCAGGCAUCAAGUUCGUGGUCACCUCGAACAUGAUGUUGAUGGGCAGGUAUGGGAUGGCAUUUCUGGUGUUCUCUAUUUCCAAUCUGGUUCUUACUUUCUUUGCCGCUAGUCUCACGGCCUUCGUCGGGCCAGUAGUUGCUGGUUCCGGUAUUCCGGAAGUGAAGGCCUACUUGAAUGGGGUUGUUGCGCCCGAAAUUCUAUCCUUUCAAACUUUAGUUGUUAAGGUUAUUCUUCUCAUUUCUAAGUGUUUCAACUACUAAUUUAAAUUCUUGGAUUUUCCAAUAUCUUCAGCUGUUUCGUCAUUGGAAAUUGGGAUCCCGCCAAGAAAUUUGCUUGAUCUGAUGAUUUUGGGGUCAUUUGUCCAGGUGCAAUGAGGGGUGGUCUGGGGUGAUUUGCCACCAGUGGGUGAGUUAAGGGGUGAUCUGCAUGUUUUGCCAUUAUUUUCAGUAGGAUUUCUACUUUUAGUCCAGAGGAUGCAGAGCUUGUAGUCAGCUAUGGGAACUAAAAAUGGUUUGCUGUCAGUUUUGGGAUUCAAGUUUUUCAAGGACAGAGAGAUAGGACCCAUCAGAAUUUUGCACCAAGACAUAUAGAUAUAUGAUUACCUUCUCAUUAUAGAAAGAUAGAUAAAUUUUUCCAUUGAAACCGUAGUUAAAGGACCAAAAACGGCAGACUUAUACUCUGAAGCAAGACUUAGAGGCAAUCUAGAUUGGUAGUGGACACAAUUAACAGUACCAUUUAUCUGCCCCACACCACUCAUAACUUUCUUUAGAGGGAAUAGAGGGUGCUUAAAAGUCUCUGGUUUUUGGUCCUUUAACUACGGUUUCAAUGGAAAGAUUUAUCUAUCUUUUUGUGAGGAGAAGGGAAUCAUAUAUCUAUAUGUCUUGGUGCGAAAUUCUGAUGGGUCGUAUCUCUCUGUCCAUGAAAACUUGAAUCGCAAAACUGACAGCAAACCAUUUUUAGUUCCCAUAGCUGACUACAAGCUCUGCAUCCUCUAGACUAAAAGUAGGAAUCUUACUGAAAACAAUCAAACAACCCUUUAUUUGGCCGAGGUAGAUGUUUGGGAGGAUCCUCUAGUCAUUCAAAGGAGAAGCAUGAUUUGAUCGCUUGCAGUUUAAGCAACUGUCUACUGUUUCCUCCUGAGCCUGAGGAAGCACUUAAAGGGAAAGAAGUAGGUCCUGAUGCAUUCGUCAAAUACUCUUUACCCUCUUACUAAACUAUUCUAGUUGUCAUACCUGCUAUUUUUAGACUGGAAAUAGAUUGCCUUUUCUAAACCAAAUAGCCCUUUACUCAACCGCUAGUUUCUACUCAUUCAGAGGAAAAUUUUGAUUUGAAUGCCUGCUGUUUAUACGACAGUCUUCUGUUCUUAGUGCCUUUUCUGCGUUGGUUGGUAGGGAUACAUCUCUAGAUCUAAAUGGAGAUGGAGAAAAGUCGACACAGAUCAGGCUUAGGCUUCUCCAAAAAAUGUGAUGGAAGGGAAAGGGUCUUGGGAAGGGUGAGCUAGGAAUUGUUGAGCCUAUAAAAUUUAGGAUGAAUUACAACAGACCAGUGAUUGGAGAAGAUGUUACUUAUGAUAUUGAUGACACUGAAGAGAAUCAACUAGAUAUUGAAAGACGAUUGAGGUGGCAGCAGCAGUAUGUACUUAAUCUUUUAGAUGGUGACUUUUUUUUUUUUUUUUUUUUUAUCUGUUAUUGGAUAAUAGUGAUUAUCUACUUGUGUACUAAAAAUGGAAUGCCUUUUCUAAACCAAACAACCUUCACAAUGUUGAAUUAGAGUAUAAAGGUAGUGAUUAACU